AUGACACCUCCUCCAAGAUAUGUGUCACGUGUUUGCUCCAUAAUUUCUACGCUCAUGCCUCUGCUGACACUGUAAGGUUCUUCCACUACAGAUGAUAUUUUCUCCAGAAAGAUUUAGAAUUUCUUUUCCACACAGGUCUGCAUAUUGUAUUUGUAUACCUUGCUUGUAUGUCUAUGGAUACAGUUGCCUGAAUUAGUUUUCAAGUAAACUGAAUGAGUUUUUUGGCUAUGAGUUGAGAGGACACGCUUGCGCUUUUAACAAGACUAGGAGAGGACUUUCAGAGAAACGAUAGUGUCUCUGUUCUUUAUCUGGCUGCAAACUUCGGAUGCGUUGGGACCUCUUUCCUAUUGAGAUGCCAUCGUAAUGGAUCUCGCAUUGCCAGCCCACAAGUUGGAAAAUGAAUUGAUUAUCGUCUGGCUCCUAUUCUACCGAACUACGAACGGAAGUCAAAAUUAUUUGCAUAAUAUGAUAAAAAUUGACUCAAAGUAAAAGCCUUCCUCUAGACAGGCAUAUUUUAUUUAUCUACAUCUUCACUUUAACAGAUUGCUGCUGUUGUCUAUAUUUUUUGAGUCUCAAUGCAAACUCUGCCACUUUUAUUUGCAUCCGUAUGGCCAACAACAGGGCUACCUCCGCCCUUUGUCCACAAGACUGGGAAAAUUCUAGAUAUACGCCUUUGAAGAGAUGCAUCGAGGCAAGGUGCUAAGUUUACUCGAUUACCUUAUUGAAGGUGGGGAUGACUGAGAAGGCCACUAAAAGUUGUAUUUUUUCAGGAUUUAUUGGGUAAGAACUAGAAGGGAUUUUUUCCUUAGUUUCUAUUUCUGUAUGUGCUGUGGAACGAUCUAGGAGCAGGGACUGAGUCUUCUGAUAUUUAAAGGUGCAAUAGUUACUUCUUAAAUCACUUGAUAUGUGAAGAUGGAAAUAGUAGUGACAAGGAAUAAGCUGUGUUGUGGAAGGUUUAUUGCAGGCUCUGCAUGAUGUAUUUCUGAACACUCAGACCCCUUGCACUCACCGUGGUUUCAUGAAAAACUUCGUGUUUUCUUCAGACACAUUCCAGAUUCAUGUGUUGGUUGAUAAAUAUGCAGUAAAAUGAUCAUCUGUUCAUCUUUCUAAUGCAUACAUAUAGUAAGAAUUCAAUUUGACUAGUUUAGAUUCCUUAAUGUGUAGUGGUUCUAAAUAAACUCUUGUCUAAAUUGUGAAGUUUUCUCUUUUUUAAGAUAUGGGACAUGGUCAUUUGUCAAGUAUUGACACAAACUCAUGUUAUUGGAUACAAAGAAUAGAUAGGGGGAUUGGAGGGACAUAUGUACUUUUUACGUUUUUAACCAUCCACAUGGUAAAAUAUUUUCAACUAAGAAUGUUGAAGAUUUUUGGAGAGUUUGGUCUUCAUAGUCCAUAAAUUUUUGGCAAGUUUGUCAGGACUCCCCUAACAUAAUACGUGUUUGAACCCUAGUGACAAGUGCAAACACAUUCCACAGGUAUGCCUUACGGACGCAAGUUGAAACAACUGAUUACAGAUUCUUGAUUGACUCAUUAAAUCAUAGAAGAAGAUCAAGUAUCAACUCGUGAUUUCAGUUAGUUUUGAAAUUUUCGGUUGGCUGGUUCAAUACAUUAGUGCUCGCUUCUCAAGAAGACGUUAUAUUGAGGUGAUGAUUUAUUUUUUUCUGGCUGUAAUUAGGUUUUUCUACUUGAUUGUUCGAGGCACAUGAUAAUGACAUAAUAUUAUACCUAUGGAGGAAGGAAAUAAUAUAGUUGUGGUUGGCGCAAUCAUUUAUUUACUGGGAGAUGUUGAGGUUACUAGAGGCUUGCAGUCCUUGGGCAUUCCUUCUUUCUGGUGCCUAAGUCUACAGAUGUUUCUCUCUGAUAAUGGAAUUGCCUGCUAAAAUAUCUUCUUUUUUGAAAUAAUUGAGGUUCCACCAGGAUAUCUGUUUUACAGCUGAUUUCUAACCUCAAACUAUUCUUCCAUUUGAAUUAGCUGUUCUAUGGAUAUUUUUAACUGUCACUUUUCUAUGAUUUUUUAGGUACCUUGGUCACAUGGAUGCAUCUGUUACUUCAUUUGCUUUUAUUAUUGCUACGAUAUUGAUUUUACAAAGAGGGAGUCCUCGUUUUGCACAGCUAAGUAGCGCCAUGUUUGGGUUGUUCUACUGUGGUUAUCUUCCUUGUUUCUGGAUUAAGCUUCGUUGUGGUUUGGAAGUUCCUGCGUUGAACACCAGUAUGUAUCUUCCAACUUUUUGAUUGAGAAAAUGCACUUUCUACUUCUUCGUGCAUCCAAAUUAUGAAAGUAACUAGAACAUUUCGAUUUAGGUUUUUUUGAGAAUCACAUCUACCUUUGAGUUAGUUUCUGUGUACAUUUUUUUGAAGUAUGAAUAUUGUAGAAAUGAUAGAGAUGAAAAAUUGAUGGAUGCGACUGAUUGCUUAGUCAGGAGUAAGGGACCAUUUAUUCCAAUGAACCUCUUUAGAUUUUGGGCCCGCUCUUUUUUCCAAUGAACCUCUUUAGAUUAUUACGUAUUUUCUUCGAAGCUCUGUCUUGAGUAAAAAUGUGAAGGGACUCUGACAAAAGUGACUGAAGAACAAAUGGACGGAUCUAUGAAUUUGUAUUUAUUUCUCUGGUUGUCAUUUGAUUACACCAAUGACCAUCUCAUGCGAGUUGCAUGUUUUCUAUGCAAUGGGAUUGAAAAAAUGGUGUAGUUGCCGGAAGUAUACAGCAUUGGGUAAUGAUGAAGAUAGUCUUAAGGUCUGCCUAAUUCUUAUUAACGAAAAGAGUGAUCCAAUGUGGGAAGGUUGAUAAUAAGGCAGCUUGACAUUUUUAUGAUGCAGCUGUGCGGAUUCUCAUCUCCCUUGGCCACUGAUAAUCACCCACUGAUGUUUACAUGAAAUUUAUUUUUACCGCUGCUGCAACCUUCUGUCUGCCGCUGCCUACUGUUGCUCCGCUCAUGUUCUCUGGCAAGAGAGCAGGGUGUGGCAACGAAAGGCAGUGGGAGCCAGUGGCUUGGCAGGAGAGUUAGUUUUCUUUUUCCUAGGGUUUCUUCCCCCUUCUUCAUCUUUACCUUCUGUGUCUGCUAAAAGCCCCCAAUCUGGUCAAAAAUUGGAAGACUAAUUGAUACUUGAUUUCAUCAAUUUCUAACGGGAUAGGAUUUCCUCCCUUGAAAUGGAUUAAACAAACACCUUAUUAUGAUCUGACUCAGCUGACGUUUCUUAUUUUUAGAUAAUACUAUUUCCAUUAAAUCAGUCAAUUGUUCCUUUGACACUCUGCUGGCCUCAUUAUCUGUGAUUGGAAAAUAUUCAAUUGUUUUAAUUAGGAUAUAUUUUUCUGCCACUUGCGAUUUGAGCCUUUGCUUCUUCUGCUCAGUUUCUGCUGAAAAUGUGCCUUGGUCCUAACAUAGUCUCAAAUGGUAGUCUUUUUCCUUUUUACAAAAGAAACUUAGUUGUUGAUGAAACCUUAUGGCUAAAGGGCUAAGUCUACUGGCCACUCUCUGGACUAGCUAUUUGGCAUAAUUAAUUUUCAAAGUGGAAACAGAGAACUGAUCUGAAGUUGACUUUUCAUAGUGGGCUGUAGAUGGAGACAGGCAAAUGAUGCCAUCAAUAAAUAUUUUUUUGGUGUGGUUGAUUGCUAAUUUUAGUUAAUGCUUAAAUGCAUUAUCAUUUUGUAUGAAACUACAUUUUUUAAGUUUUAUGGCUUUUCACAAAACUAAGACUCUUUUCUUGAGGUACUUUCAAGGCCUAAUUUAUCCUUCAAUUGGACAGAAUUAGGAGCAGCUUGGCCAAUUCUUUUUGGCGGUCAGACUCACUGGACAGUUGGCCUUGUUGCAACUCUCAUUUGUGCCUGUGGCAUCAUAGCAGCUGAUACCUGUGCUUUUCUUGGUGGAAGGGUGCUCAUUUUUUUUAAUGCUUUGUCCUUCUUAAUAUUAUAACUGUCUAUUUCUUUGUGAAAUGAGAUCGCCUUCAGUUAUGAGCAAAUUUAUUUAUCUGCCAUAAGAAAUUUAUCAUAAUUGAUGGAUACUUGGCAUAAAAUUUUGGAAGUGAAGGCUUCAUUGGGUGUUACUUUGUUAUUGAGCAUUCUUUUAUUUCUCUUUUUGGAAGAGAUGAGCUAGCGGCCACCACUCUCCAAAAAGAAUGCAAGAAGAUACUGUGUUGUUACUGUGCAUUAUAUCUUUACUUUUUUACUAUUUCUAGAUUCGAAUCGUUUUUUUUAAUUCCUCAGUCCUGUAGCAACUAGUUCUUACAUUCAAAUCAACUCACAUGACAUGUGAAUAAAGCAUUAUAACAUUCUUCCACUUCAGCUGAAUUGACCACGUACUAUCUGCCAUCCUAAUGUACUUUUCUCACAGGUUCUCACAAAACCUGUGAGAACCACCACCUCUCAUUGUUGUUCUACUUGAUUAGGAAUAUCUGUAAGGGAUUUAAGAGAGAAAUCACGACUUUGAAGGUUUUGGGUGCCCUGGGAUGCACUUGCAUUCGAAAUCCCCUCAUCUAUAAUUCAACUCGAACUGUCUUAAGUCAUCUUGCACCAGUUGACCUGUGACUCUUGGUAUCGCAUCAAAUCUGUUUCGUCAUCAAGGAUCUGAAAAAGAUUCACCGGUUCAACAUUGCUUUACAUCUCAAAUCAUGUGCUUAAUUUAGAUUCAGUUGGGCCGUAGUGGCCUCCGUCUCUCUCCAGUCCCCUCUCUCCCACACACAUACUCCUGCGUACUUUGCCUCAAGAUUAGUCCUUGACAACCUGGUUUGAAGGGGAAGACAUGGUCUCAAGACCAGCCUUCAAGCACAUAUCAACUGGCAUCCUUGCAUAUUGUUUGCUAUGUAAUAUUCAAUCCAUAUGUGAUCUCGCUUCGCAACCCAUCCAUCCUCGCAUGUUUUUAUGCUUCCAUUCAAACUCCAUUAACCCUCUCUCAGUUCAUUUUUAACGUUCUUGCUAUCCAGUACAUUAAUUGGUUUCAGAUUAUAAGAGUGUUCGAUAACUGCAAAUUACUUAAAAAGGCAUAUAUUUGUUAACAAAUUUAAUGAUCUCAGUUUGACUACCGGUCAUUAAUCUCGUCAAACUGCUUUUUGAAUCUUUGAUCCAAGACAAUACUGGAUUCAUGGGUUGAUUCCUAGUAGAUUGAUUGCAUUGUUUGCCAUCUCCAUCGUCUACUGGUGAAAAGAUCCCAUACUAAAUGGAGUAUUCUUGGAGGUUGCCUUAUUUUGCUUAAAUUUCUUGGAACGUUCAUAGGUACUCUCAGUUAUCCUGGAAUCACAUUUUCCAGCUAACUUCUUUUACGUUGCUUUUGAGUAUGUCGCUAUAGAUCUGUUUUGGAAAAAGGAGUUCUGUUCGCUCCUUAUUUCUUACCUGUAGUAGAACAUAUGACAAAGAUGUCUUCUUCUUUCCUUGCUGAAAGUUACUAUUGCUUGACUCCCUGUGUCCACACAAUAGACUGGACAACCUGUAAAAUCUAAUUGGUAUAGUUAGUGUAGGGCGCUUGUCGUUUGAACUGUAUUGAUAAUAUGUCUUUUUCUUUCAGGCAUUUGGGCGAACACCACUCACAAAUGUUAGUCCUAAAAAGACCCGAGAAGGAGCUCUUGCUGGUCUCACUGGCUGUGUAGUCGUCUCAGUAGUGUUAUCAAAGAUCUUAUCUUGGCCUACAUCUUUGUUGAGGUAUUGUAUAGUUUGUUUACUUUCUUUUUACAGAAAUAAUAAACGUCCACCAAACUAUAAUAUGGAUGUCAUAGUCAUGUUGGUUACCCACUAAGAGAUUUGAUUUUUUUUCUCCUCAUCUCAUCGUAGAACGUAUCAACUUUCCUCCAAAUGUCUUUUCUUCUAAGUUUAUCAUUAUUAUUAUUUAAUUUUUUUGAUUUAUUUUUAAAGUAAGUUGAUAUGGGUUAGUAUUAAAUUCAGUCGUGAAUUGGGCUUUUUAUUUAACCUUUAAAAUUUAUUCUAUCUCAAUGCAAUCUGUAAUUAUGAACAUAAAAAAUGGAAAAUAUCUCUUAGAAUUCCGAUUUUGAAUUGAAUUUCUUCACAGGAAUUGCACAUUUCUUUUCAAAGUUAAAAGCAUUUCAACAUGAAAGAUCAUAAACUUGUGAUAUUUGGGAGUUUGAAGGAGAAAAAAUAAAUGAAGGACCGCCUAUCAUUAAAAGAUCGCAGUCAUCAGCAUAACCUUGUAAAAAUCACAGAGACAAGUGGGGAUGACUAUCCAUACUACUGCAAGAAUAAUCGAUGAACCCUAAAAGAUCAUGCAUCUGUUUGGCAUAAAUUCGACAUGAGGAUGAGCCAUGGAGGGUUGUGAAGCCUCCUCUCUCACAGUGAAGAUGCCACCGCCCAUCAAGCCCUCCGAGAGAUAAACCCUAACACGGAGCUCCACCAUGUCUCAACACCCCCUUCUUUUUCACCCAUACCUCGCCUUUUGAGCAUCCGGAGCGCAUACCAGAUGAAGAAGGCUCGUGGUUUCAUUUCCUAUCUUUAGCAUCUUUUGUGGAUAUCCUCUGCUUUGGUCGUCUUCGUUCGUACGCAUUGGAUCCUGAUUUGUGUGAUUUCUGGUAAUAUCACAUCAGCGCGUCGGCGUUUGGAGUGCUCACCUUCGUGGGGUCUUUAUUUGGGGACCUCAUCGAAUCUAUGAUCAAGCGUGAUGCCGGGGUCAAGGACUCUGGAUCUCUCAUCCCUGGACAUGGUAAGAUCCCUGGAUCAUUACAGAAUAUAACGCCGAGAAUCAUCUUUUUCUUAAUAUAAUAAUAAUUAUACUUAUUAUUAUUAUUAUUAUUUUGACCCCCUUCCCCAGCUUUUCUUCUCUUCUUUUCUUUUUUUUUUUGGUGGUGAAGAGAUGGUUCUUCUUGCAGGAGGGAUUCUUGACAGGGUGGACAGCUACUUGUUCACUGGGGCGCUGGCGUACUCCUUCGUCAAGGUCGGGUUGCCCCUCUGUGGCGUCUGA